AUGUCCACAGACCACUCGUACUCUCACCCUCCUCCCCCAGUCCACCUGUGCUUCCUCCUCCUCAUACUCUUCACCUUCAUCACCUUCUCCUGGUACAUCAACCACGAGUCCGUGUUCGAAGGCCUCUUCGAUCAGAUCAAGCUCAUCCUGAUCGUCUCCCCCUUGAUUCUACUCCUUGCCGUUCACUUGGUUUCGAGCUUCGGGAGUAGCCGCGGAUCGACGUUCUUCUCGCCGUUGCCGGAGAGAGACUCGCUUCACCGGGCCGGCGGAACUCCCUGGGGCGUUGGGUUCCUGCUUGUUCUGCUCUUCUUGAUGAUCUCUUACCACUCUUCCUUUCAAGAGCGCUGGUUCCCUCUUCUCGCUAGAUCAUGA